AUGGCGACCGCCGUGAUGUCUCCUGCGGCCCUUCCAGAUGGUCAGUUCCAAAAGCGCAAGAGGUCCCGCUCUCGAGAACUCGAGAACUCGGAGCAACCUCCUUCCAGUCGGCGCAGGUCGUUGUCUCCUGCUCCUCCUGCCCGUCUUGUUGAAGUACCAAAAGUCAACGAUGUUGACCCUGUACGUCGUGCUGAGCGGGAGAAGCAGCUUGCCGCACGCAUGGCGGCAAUUGAACUGGAGAAGAUGGAGAAGGGAGAGGACAAGGACAAAAACAGGGAGUUCGACGCCAAAGCCGAAUUUGCGAAGCUUACGAACACUCGAUCUGGUGGCAUGUAUAUGCCCCCAGCCCGCCUACGUGCACUGCAAGAAGCCGCAUCGAAGGACAAGUCGAGCGCAGAGUAUCAGCGACUCUCGUGGGACGCAUUGCGCAAGUCCAUAACUGGUAUUGUCAAUCGAGUGAACAUCGCAAACAUAAAGCAUAUCGUACCGGAGCUUUUUGAGGAGAAUCUUAUUCGAGGUAGGGGUCUUUUCGCGCGCAGCGUCAUGAAGGCUCAGGCGGCAAGUUUGCCUUUCACGCCUGUUUUUGCGGCCCUCGUGUCCAUUAUCAACACAAAGUUACCUCAGGUAGGCGAGCUGGUGCUGACUCGCCUCAUCAGCCAGUUCCGGCGGUCAUUCAAGCGAAAUGACAAGAUUGUAUGCCACUCCACCACGACAUUCAUUGCGCAUCUCGUUAAUCAAGGAGUCGCGCACGAGAUUAUUGCUCUGCAAAUUCUCGUCCUGCUCCUUGAACGACCCACAGAUGAUUCUAUCGAAAUCGCUGUCGGAUUUACCCGCGAGGUUGGAGCUUUCCUUGCCGAGAACUCACCGAAAGCGAAUGCGACCGUGUUCGAGCGGUUUCGAGCAGUCUUGAACGAAGGCACCAUCAGUCAUCGUGUGCAGUACAUGAUCGAGGUGCUCAUGCAGGUGCGCAAGGACAAAUACAAGGACAACCCUAUCAUUCCAGAGGGCCUUGACCUGGUUGAAGAAGAUGAUCAAAUUACACACCAAAUUCAGCUAGAGGAAGAGCUUCAAGUCCAGGAGGGCCUAAACAUCUUCAAGUUUGAUCCAAAAUACACAGAGAAUGAGGAACGUUACAAAGCCAUUAAAACUGAGAUCCUUGGAGAGUCAGAGGACGAAGGAAGCGGGUCUGAGGAAUCUAGCGACGAAGAUGAGGAAGAAGCUGUGGAGGAGAAGGAAGGCAUCGAGGACCGCACGGAAACCAAUCUCAUUAAUUUGCGACGAGUGAUUUAUUUGACCAUCAUGAAUGCCCUCAGUUAUGAAGAAGCGGUUCACAAGCUGCUCAAAGUUCAAGUCAAAGAAGGUCAAGAGAUUGAAAUGUGCAACAUGAUCAUUGAAUGCUGUUCACAAGAACGGUCCUACUCUACAUUCUAUGGUCUGAUUGGGGAGCGCUUCUGCAAACUCAAUCGAGUUUGGCAUGAUUGCUUCGAGGAAGCUUUUGGCAACUACUACACAACGAUUCACCGAUACGAGACGAAUCGCUUGCGGAAUAUUGCUCGUUUCUUUGGGCAUAUUUUUGCCACGGAUUCGGUCUCAUGGGCCGCGCUAGAGCACAUUAAGCUCACUGAAGAGGACACUACAUCAAGUAGUCGUAUUUUCAUCAAGAUCAUGAUGAAUGAGGUGACCGAGUCGAUGGGAUUAAAGACACUAGUCGAGCGGUUCAAGGAUGCCGAAGUCAAGGCGGCGUGCAAAGGCAUGUUUCCUAUGGAUAACCCGAAGGACACCAGGUUCGCAAUCAACUAUUUUACCAGUAUCGGACUGGGCGCUGUGACUGAGGAGAUGCGCGAGCACUUAAAGAAUGCCCCCAGAAUUAUUAUGGAGCAGCGCAGAGCGAUGCUGGAAGCGGAGUCUUCGUCAUCCGACUCUUCGGACACGGAUUCGGACACGGAUUCAGAUACGGAUUCAGAUGAUGACAGUUCCGAUGACAGCCCACCGCGUCGGGCGCGUUCUCGGUCUCUGCCUAGACGGAACCGCGAUGACGAUAGGGACGUGCGACGACCAGCGGACGGGUAUGAUAGGAGGAGGCGGGAUGAUUCGAGGGACCGGGAACGCGCAAGAGACAGAGGCCCAAACACACCCCGCGAAAUAGCCAUGGCUGGGACGAAACGCGCUGCAGAAGACGAGACGAAUGGGCCCACCACCCGUUCUGCAAAGGCGCCCAAGACCGAAGGCGCAAGCCCCAAGACCCGCGGCAGAGGAGGUAAGAGAGGCCCCAAGGUGCGCGUGUCUCUCCGCAUUCCGAGCAUCAAUACCUCACUCCAGAAUGCUCUCCGCAUCACCCAGGUGAAUCUCGCCGCCUCGGCGUUCAAGUCGCGCGCGAUGCCGCUACAUGUGAACAUCACACACACACCGCCCCCUCUUCCCGACGCGGCAGACAAGCCCGAGGGCCAGGAGAUCACGUCUGUUGCUUCUGUUGACCCAGGCUUCGUUGGAACCACGACGCUCGUCCCAAGUACGUUCGCGACCGGCAGCUACGGCUGGAAGGGGAGCAAACGCGUUACCAUCGAGCUGCCGAAUCAAGAAGGCGUGGAGGGCGAGAAGGAGAAGGUUCAUGUCAUGCUGACUAUCAACGCCACCGUCAUGGGCAGUAAGGGUGCAAAGGAAGAGACGGGAGAAGAGGGAAAAGAGGAACAAACAGAAGAACAUGUGGAGAACGGUGCGGAGACGAAAGAGAACGAUACAGCGGCAAAGGAGGCCUUGGGCGACGAUGCCCACGCAGAAGAGGAUAUCACAGAAGCUGCAAAGGAGACUACCGAGGCGGCGGCCUAG